AUGGCAGCUGACGAACAGAAUGUGUAUGUAGUUACUGGUGAAGCCGGGGGCUUGGUGGUACCUGCUAGCACGGUAUAUCCAAAAGAGAACACCCCGGGUCAAAACUGGAAGGGCAAAACUCCGACCUCGGGAUUCUUCCUUCAAGAAGACAAACACCGAGGAAUGUGGAGGAAGGCAGGGCCUCUCACAGAGCUGGGGGUCUUUCAGAUCGUCAAUGCCUUGCUCCAUAUCACCAUAGGGACCUACUUGGCCAUCGCUGUGAAAAAUCUCCACCUGGUUGCGAUGAAGUCUUGGUACCCAUUUUGGGGGGCAUUCUUUUUCCUCUGUUCAGGAGCCUUGCUGAUAACCAUGGACAGAAGGAGCAAAAUGAAGCUGAAGAUUUUGGUGGUGGUUGUGAGCAUCGUGGAUGGCUUCUGCUCACUGUGUGGGAUCUUUGUUUUCAUUAAGGAUUUAUUUUGGGAGUGUUCCUUUGAAAGCCCAGUCUGGAGACCUUACCCCACCUCCACGGUGCACCUGCAGAGGCUUGAGCUGGGAUUGCUGAUCUUCUCUGCCCUCGAGUUCUUUGCCUUCAUCUGCGCCAUGAUUUUAUUGUGCAGGAUCCACCUGUCAUCAGAGGUGACAGAUGACUUCUCAAUUGGCACAUUGCCCCUAGAGCACACUGUUGAGCCAACCACUCCUCCUCCAACUUAUGAAGAUGUGAUUCAUGAUGACAAGAGAGAACAGGCAAAUCUCUGA